AUGCACUAUGCCAAGCGAGGCAAUGACGGAGGCCUGAUUGAAGAACUGGAUGAGGUCAUAGCAAACUUGGACCCAGAUGAGGAUGGCCAUUUCACGCUGUUGCUGGGCCACAACUACACUGAGAAAAGUAUCGUGGAUCUGGGCUUCAGGGCCUUCAAAGGUAUCGACCGUGCAAGAGUUGGAGUACUCGAGGGUGCAAAUACAGCUCUUCCCACCGACAAGCAAUUGAAGCUUUAUAUCGCAAAGCUUUCCCACGACAUCUCAUACGAUAGUCGUAGUCAUGUAGACGGGCACGUGAAUUCUAUCGGCUGGUAUUCCAUGGCUGGAGACGCGUUGGGCUCUACGAGAAGCUCGUCGGCAACACUGAAUUUCCUCAAUCCUUCUCGGGAGACGCUUUUUGAGCUGUGGAUGCCGCAUGGAAUCUACAAAUCUGGAGGGUACAUGGGAAACGAGGGGCCAACAGAAAGCAGAGUAUACUCGACGUAUGCGAUCAUCGCGUGGCCAAGUUCUGUCCACACGGAGAAAACGCUGGAGUUGAUGCCAGAAGACAUCGCCGUUGAGCUUCUGCGAGCUCAAAAUUCAACCGAUGCUGCACUACUUCGCGAGUUUUUGGAAGAUCUGGACGAAAGGCUUCAAGCCCCGAGGAAGAUGUCGGAUUCUAAUCAGGUUUCAGUCAGAUUUUGCCUGGUUCUGUGUGAAUUGCUCGUGGCCACUGGCGAUGCUGAACUGGCGAGCUUGUUCUUCACACAGUUUUUCCCCGCUUUGGACGGCCUGGAAGACAAUGAAAGUCUCAUCCAGCCGAUCAUCUCGAUCGUGCGCACGUUUGGCUGGGGCGACAUUAGCCAAGGCAUUUUGAAGAGCUUACGGAGGGUUAAUUACAGAGAAGCUGCCGGUGUGCCAAGCCUCGAUAUGGCUCUGGGGGUGGCUGCCGGUCUGGAAGAUGGGGAAGCCAAGCGAGCGCUGCUCAAAAUUGCAGUGGAAAAGGCGGCCCAAUGUGAUCACGAGAACUUUUGCUUGGGAGGGCCGGUUGAAUUGCUGUGGGAGAACGCUAUUCGUUGCCAAGAUCAAAGCCUUUUUGAGUCGGUGGUGAACCUGUUCAAGCCAACAGACCCAGGCUUUCUGGAGUACAUCACUACGGCCAUCUCGCAGUGUAUCCGUACCAUGGACCCGACGAGCGACAGAUAUCCUGUGCUCGCCUCCAUGGUCUCCAAGCGAGUCGAAUGGCUCAAAAGUCAAGUUGAAGCUCUGGACAAACCUUUCUCCUGGGAGAUGAGCGACGCCGAGUUUAAGGAUAACGCCAAGGUGCAGGCGUUUCUCCGAGGCCCCGAUGUCUCCAUGAAGAUGACCAAGAGUGUGCACAAAUUCAAAGGACUUCAAGACGCACAGAACUGCGCUGCAAACUGGGUGCGCAACAGUCAAAAGAAUGCCUCGUUCGAGAUGGAAGCGAGCUCAACAAAGGGGAAAGUGAUUGUGACAAUCACCAAGGCCCGCACCUGGUACACGGAGUGUCAACAGAAGCUGAAAAGCAACAAGGCAGAGCUGAGUCGUUUGCUGAAGCAUGGUAACGCUGCUGAAGGGGGCGGAGACACUGUUAACAGCAAGCGCGCUCCCGUGGAGUAA